AUGGCGUCGCCCUGCUAUUUCCGUGUCGAAAGCCCAUAUCAGACAAUGACGGAUGGCUUCAGCGAUGGCGGGGGCUGGUUCCUCGCCGGCGACGAUGAAAUCGCCGUGUCUCCGUAUGAUGAGACCUUCCCCAAGAGAGAAAUGUUCGAGGACGUCGACCUGUCCAACAUCCCCCUUUCCAUGCUCAACGGAGACGCAAACAUAGACCCGGCCGAGCUGUCGGCGACUGACAGGUUUGGCGGCGGCUUCCUAGGACAAGACGACGACUCCCCGGCCCAGCCGCUCUUCGAGACGCAGGCGUCAACCGCUGCCUUCGUGCCCAAGCAGGAGCAGUUCCAGCCCACCCCGCCGGGCAACAUGCAGCAGGCGCCAAAUCCCAGGGAGCUACCCCGGAAUCAGGACGGGGGCGCCAGCAAGAGGCCCAAGGACAAGCUGAAGAUGCCGAAGCCGGAUCCCUCCCUGGUGACCGAUCGCCUGACGCCACCUGCCACGACGACGACAGCGGCCCCGGGCAGGAAGGGCCAGAAUGGUAGCCAUAUGCGCUUCUCCCCGCGGAAGCGCAAGUCCCCAGGCUCGGCAACGACUCUGUCCUCGCGGUCCUCGACCUCGCCCCAGCCCCAUCCGCCACCUCGAAAGACAACCCACAACAUGAUAGAGAAGCGGUAUCGAACCAACCUGAACGACAAGAUCGCCGCGCUCCGCGACGCGGUCCCGUCACUCCGGAUCAUGGCUCACCGCGUCGAGCGGGACGGGGGCGAGAUGGACGAGGCCGACGCCAUGGCGGCCGCCGAGGCGGAGAGCAUGGGAGGGCUGCCCCCAGCCCACAAGCUCAACAAGGCGACGGUGCUGAGCAAGGCGACCGAGUACAUCGGCCACUUGGAGAGGAGCAACGGCGUGCUCGUCAGGGAGAACCACCACUUGCGCAGCAGGGUGGCCGGGCUGGAGAUGAUGCUGAUGAUGUACCGUCAGGAGCAGCAGCAGCAGCAGCAGCGAGUCGACGGCGGAGGUAAUGUAUUUAAUGGGAUGUGGGCCAACAAUGCCCCCAUCCCUCAAUGA